AUUGUGUUUGGCACCUUCUUGGUUCUUUAGAAAUCUGCAUGCCGCUGUCCUGCCUGAAACGGAUUCCCCGAAAGCUCUUGCGCGUACGGUCCUUGACUGAUUUGAGGUCACGAGCCGUCAUGGAUCUCAAAGUUCUGGUUUCUUCGCUGAACGACUUCGCUUCGCUCUCGCUGGCUGAAAGCUGGGACAACGUGGGUCUCCUGGUGGAGCCCAGCCCUCCCCACGUUGUGAACACUCUCUUUCUAACCAAUGACCUGACAGAAGAAGUGAUGGAAGAAGCGCUGCAGAAGAGAGCGGAUCUCAUCCUUUCCUAUCAUCCCCCCAUUUUCAAGCCGCUCAAGCGCAUCACGUGGCAGACGUGGAAAGAGCGCCUGGUGAUCCGAGCUCUAGAAAACCGAGUCAGUAUUUACUCUCCUCAUACGGCCUACGAUGCAGCACCUCACGGCGUCAAUACCUGGCUUGCCAAAGGACUCGGUGCCUGUACCACUGUCCCUUUGCACUCAUCUGCUGCUUCAAAUCACCCCACUAAAGGGUGUUACCGGAUUGAAUUUAGCUCUUGCUCCGCUGAAGCAGUUUUGUCCAGGCUGCGUGAGACGCCGGGCAUUUCCCUCGUCACAACUGUCCCUGUCAGGGUCGACGGGGAGGAGCAGACCCGAGUCAGCUUGAAUUGUUCCCAGCAUGCCUUGCUGCAAGUCAUGACCUUGUUAUCCCAGGACAGCUGUCUCUACGAAAAGACUGAAAUCAUAUCAUUACAAAAGCCUCCGCUUGGAGAUACCGGAAUGGGGCGGCUAUGCACCUUAAAAGAGCCGGUGGCUGUAUCCGCCUUGAUUGAAAGAGUGAAGAGCCAUUUAAGACUGCCUCAUGUCCGCCUGGCCCUCGGAGUGGGGAAAACGCUGGAAUCCGAGGUGCAGGCGAUUGCUCUCUGUGCUGGUUCCGGAAUGAGCGUCUUGCAGGGAACAGAAGCAGAUCUCUAUCUCACAGGAGAGAUGUCCCACCAUGAUGUCCUGGACGCCGUCGCAAAAGGCGUCACUGUGAUUUUGUGCGAACACAGCAACAGCGAACGGGGUUUUCUUCUGGAGCUGCAGCAACUGCUGGCCACUCACCUGGAGAACAAGGUCCGCAUCAUUGUUUCAGAAAGGGACAGAGAUCCACUCCGAGUGGCAUAGACGUUCACACCACGAAGGUCAAGACUUCAGCGUGUUCCUCGUGGGCUUAAUGCACAAAACAGCCACGAUGGGGAACGAAGUACAGGCCAGAAGAGGAAGAAUGUAAGGAGCUAAUUCAAGUCCUCAUGUCUGUCCCAGUCUUUUUAAUCAGAGGCACACUGGGAGUUGGACUGUAUUUCCCAGGGUCUGCACAGGCCUGAUUUAGAUCAAAGCUGGGGUUUAAAGCUUCCAUGUGCUAACUUCCUGUAGAUGGCAUGAUUCUAGGGAAUAGCUGGGGAAACUUACAUGUAGUCCAUCCAUAUAGCCGUAGAUGUUGCAAUGGAACAAGACGGUGCUUAAAUACUUUUCUCGCUAUACCAGAUAUUCUGAUCUGAAUCCGACCUACAUAUCCUUGGGAAUCAGGUUUCAAGCACAGAACUCCAGCACUCCUCUGUUAGAAAGGACCAGGGUGGAUGUGUGGGGGACAUGGGUUUGGCCCUAAGAUGGUUUCUGAAGAGUUGGUAUCAACAGAAUCUGUUAGUGAAUAAAAUGGGGUGCUAAUAAA